AUGGGCGAGGGCCACCCGCUCAAGCCCGACGCCGCGAACCCGGCGAACGACGCCCCGCACCGGGUCGACGCCGUCGAGGACGCGGGGGCCGCGGCCGGGCCCCGUUCCGGGAACGCGCGCCGGGCGCCCGAGGCGUGGCGCCGGGACCUGCGCGCCGUGAGCCUGCUGGGCCAGGGCAGCUUCGGCAAGGUCCACCUCGUCACGGACGGCGACGAGCAGUACGCCCUCAAGUCCGUCGCGACCGCGUCGCUCGCGACGGAGAAGAAGCGCGAGCACGCGCGGUCCGAGCGCCUCGCGCUCGAGCUGUUGCGGGGCCACGCGAACGUGCUGACGCUGCUCGGCGCCUGGCGCGCGCCCGGCGCGCUCCACAUCGUCACGGAGUGCGCCUGGGGCGGCGAGCUCUUCCGCCACCUGCAGCGGAAGAAGCGCUUCGAGCCCGCGGAGGCGCGGUUCAUCGUCGCGGAGCUGUCGAGCGCGUUGGUCCACGCCCACGGCCACCGCGUGGCCUACCGCGACGUCAAGCCCGAGAACGUGCUCUUCGACGCGCGGGGCCACGUGCUCCUCGCCGAUUUCGGGCUUUCGAAAAUCUUGGACGCGGACGCCGAAUCGUCCGUCUUCCGGGUCUCGGGCUGCGCCUCUCUCUGCGGCACGCCCGAGUACAUGGCGCCGGAGGUGCUGAACCGCGUCGACUACGGCGGCAACGUGGACUGGUGGGCGCUGGGCAUGCUCACGGCCGAGCUCGUGACCGGGCUCCCCCCGUGGUACACGGAGGACCGCGUCGAGCUGUUCCGCCGCGUGCGCUACGCGCCGCUCCAG